AUGGACACUCUUAAUCUCCAAGAAGUGGACUCCCUUGAGGCCAUCGUCAUCAUCGAUAAUGAACUGGAUCCGCUGUCGCCGCCUGCACCUGAUACCGUCCAGAUUACAGGCAACCUGGGCACCAUUGGGAUGAACUCGACGCACAAACUCACCAAUCGCGGCGGUGCAUGCAAAGAGCUGCGGAUGGAAGAUAUAUGCUGCUCUGCACAUGGUCUGUCAAUCCUUGUGACUGCGACCAAAGGAGACAAGAAGCACGCCGUGCUCUUCGAUGCGGGUCCUGAAGAAGAUGCUUGGGAGAGGAACGUCAAGCGCCUGCGGCCGGAUCUUGCAUCUGUGGAGGUGAUCCAACUAUCGCACUGGCAUCGAGACCACUCAGGCGGUCUCGUGCGAGCAAUAUGCAUGAUAAAGGACGCCAAACAGACUCAAGGCCACCCCAAUAAUCUGACGGUGGAUUUGCAUCCAGAUCGACCGGUCUAUCGAGGCAUCGCCCUGCCUGAACAUAUCAUAUCUCUCGAAGCAGAUCCUAGCUUUGAAGAGCUAUCCAAUGCUGGCGCUGUCGUGGACAAGUCAAGCGAGGCACACACGGUCCUCGACGACAUGUUCCUGAUCUCUGGAGAGAUCCCGCGAUUGACGCCGUACGAAACAGGACUCAAGAACGCAGUGCGAUACGAUCCAGAAGAAAAUGAUUGGUUCUCGGAUGAAGUCAUCGCCGACGAACGCUUCCUCGCUUGCAAUCUCAAAGGAAAAGGGAUAGUCGUCUUCACCGGCUGCAGCCACGCCGGUGUCGUCAACACCACGAAGAAUGCUGUGGAACUCGUCGGCAAGGACGUGCCCCUCCACGCUGUGGUGGGCGGCUUUCACCUCGCUAUGAGUGAAGACGCCCAGAUCCAGAGCACCGUGGCCGAUCUGAAACUCCUCGAUCCCGCUGUGCUCAUGCCCGGCCACUGUUCGGGCUGGCGGGCCAAGUUCGCCAUCGAACAGUCCAUGCCCGGCACACUGGUGCCCUGCACCGUCGGCAUCAAAAUUACCUUCUAG